CGAUCCGAUGGCGUCACUCAACCGCCUCAGCGACUCGCCGGGCAACAACAAUAGCCUUCCACGUGCGCCCAAGCGACGGGACCGCGUGACGCCGGGCGGCCAAUCGGAGAGCGCUUCGUGUAGGAUCGUCGCCCCGCUUCCUCGCGCCGCGCCUCUGAGGGGCUGUUAUAAGGGAAGCUGCGAGGAAAGCGAAGGAGAGCGACUGACCGGGCAGCGGUGGCGGGUCGUGGGCGAGAUGAUGUGCUUCAGCUACUUACUCUGGAGUAGUCGGUGUGACAUUUAGAGGAGUGACAACCUUUUCUUUAGCUACUGGUAGUGUUGAAACGUUUGAUGUGCAGAGCCUGUUUCAGUGGUUUAGCAAUGGCUACGACACAAUCUGUCUUCAUAUUUGCCCUCUGUAUUUUAAUGAUAACUGAAUUGAUACUAGCUGCAGAGAAUUAUUAUGACAUCCUUGGUGUUCCAAAAAACGCAUCUGAUCGCCAGAUCAAGAAAGCAUUUCAUAAAUUAGCAAUGAAGUAUCACCCGGACAAAAAUAAGAGUCCUGGCGCUGAAGCAAAAUUCCGGGAAAUUGCAGAAGCCUAUGAAACAUUGUCAGAUGAAAAUAAACGAAGAGAAUAUGACCAGUUUGGCCAUGGAAGAAGCAAUGGAAACACCUUCCAGCAGCCAUUUAACUUCAAUUUUGAGGACUUGUUUAAAGACUUUGAUUUCUUUGGCCAAAACCACCAUGCACAGUCUAAAAAACACUUUGGAAAUGAUUUUCAUGGCAAUCAGCAGGCACACAGCAGGCAAAGACGUUCUUUUCAAGAAUUUUCCUUUGGAGGUGGACUGUUUGAUGACAUGUUUGAAGACAUGGAAAAAAUGUUUUCCUUCAGUGGGUUUGACAGCACACACAGGCACACAGUGCGAACUGGAAACAAAUUCCAUGGAUCAAGUAAGCACUGCAGAACUGUCACCCAGCGUCGAGGAAACAUGGUUACUACAUAUACAGACUGUUCUGGACAAUAACACUUCACAAUUUUUUCUUUGUUCUGUGUUUAAUUACUUUUUUGUUCUUUGCUGAUAAAGUACAGAAGAUCUUCUGUCAACUAUGUGAGAUUUAUAGUUGGAUCAAAGUAAUUUAGCUUCUGCAAUAAGCUGUAGCUAAAGGGAUUGUUUUCACCAGAAAUGCAAAGUCAGAGUGGAUGAAUUAUUCCAUUAACUAUGUAUAGAGCUUGCAUGUGGGGGGAAGUCUCCAUAUGACAGUGUUAGAUUCUAUUUUUAAUAACAUAGAAACAGAUUAACAGAUUACCUCAAUAUUAUGUUUAUACUUUACACUUGGCAAAGGAUGUUAGUGAUCCACUAGACAUUAUUGUCAGAUUCCUGUUGCUAUAAAGUGUUUAUGUUAUGGAGUGCUUUUUCAUUAGCACAAUGUUUACUUGCUGUAAACUUGAGUUGUGUGUUGUCAGUAAUGACUUAAAAUACAGCAGUGAACAUUAAAAUUUGGCUGUGUUUUAAAUGCAAUGAUUUAAGGUCAACUUUGAACAAUUUUUCUUGGUAAAUGGUCAGUACAAAAUAGUGGAUGUAUUAGCAAGAACCUGAUAUAUAAUAGCCAUGUACACAUUAUUAUCUUACCCAAUGCUCUGUUAGAUUGUGGUAAGCAUUAUUCAAGGUAUUUAUGCUGUUAAAAUGUGGGCAAUAUACAUCUUAUCACCUGA